AUUUAUUAAACAUGGAAUAUUGUAGCUCAUAGUCGAGAGUCGAUUUCUCUGCGACUCAGAUCAGAUCCCGUGUGAGAAGCACACCCUACAUGCAGCUGUGAUCAUUGCUGGUGAGACCCUUCUUCCAAUUCCUCCGAUUUCCCCUUCCAAUUCCUCCGAUUUCCCCUUCCAAUUCCUCCAUUCCCUCACCCAAAUAAGCAAAACCACAAUGCUACCGAGUAGAUUCUCGUUUUUCGGAGGUGGGGAUUCGCACGUGUCCAAUUCAGCGCCAAAGGGUGAAGAACUGUCUCCCCCCACUCUGAAGCUCGAAACGGAUAAACUGGUUUACAGGCCCGGUGAUCCUGUUGUCGUCACCAUCCAGAUCUCUAAUCCCUCAAGUGGGUACUCGUUUUUGAUGGAAAGACUCAGUUUUGAGAUCAAGGGCAUUGAGAAAUUGGACACUCAGUGGUUUGCCACACAGAAGCCUUUGCCUGGCUCGAAACAAAGGAGAGGUGAGCAUGCUUUUCUGGAGUGCUCUACACCAGUCCUAGUCGCAAACCAGAUCGUUAAUGCUGGCGCCAGCAAAUCAUAUGUGGUUCGAAUGCUACUGCCUAGCAUCAUCCCACCAUCGUACAAGGGUUCAAACAUUCGCUAUUUGUACUAUGUUAAAAGCGCAUUUACUGGAGGGUGGAUAAUAUUUGAAAAUGGGCAAUCUCGUGCAGAGUCCAAAAAUGAUGUUACUGAUGUGGAAGUUCGUAUUCCAUUACAGAUAUGGAUAAACCAGAAAAGUAUUACAAUGGAUGAUGAUAUUGUUCCAUUAACUGCUGUACAACUGGAUAUAUUUUGGAAAGAGAUGGAUGGAGAUGCUGAUUGGGUUAGAGCUAAUGAUAUGUAUGAUGGAGUUGAGGAGGGCUAUGACAGCUCAAGAGAUGAUAUAUCAUCUGUUUCUUCUUAUAACCCCAUGAGAGAGAAUCUACACAGAGGCUUCGGAAGUUCACUAUCAUUGCGAUCUUCUUCUGCAAGAUCAUUGACCAGGGAUGCCUCUACUUUAGAAGGUUUCCGAACAAGUUUAUCUUCAAAUAUGGCUCUUCCUCGGCUGUCUGUUGCUGAAGUAUUAUCUGAUUCAGGUGCUGAUGUCUUGUCAAGCCAGAAGUCAUUUGCUGUUGUCUCCCAAAAUGAGAACCAGAAGCUGCGAAAGAUAUUUUCUGCAGAAGAUGAUGUGGGAGUAUCCUCUUCACCUGAAGCAGGGGCUGCAGAAUCAUUAUCAUCAGAAGGCUUUAUUAGAGGAAGGUCUUAUAAUAUCCGACUUGAUGAUCAAGUUUUGCUUAAAUUUUCUCCUAAAAAUUCUGACUCAACAUAUUACUUCAGUGAUGUGAUAGGGGGUACUCUCACUUUCUUUCAUGAAGAAGGAGCUAGGAGAUGCCUUGAGAUUUCAAUAACAUUGGAAACUUCCGAAACUAUAAAUCGGCGAUUUGUUCACCCUUCUAGAAGGAAUUCUCCGACAAUCACUAAGGUUCAGAGUGAUCAUCAUGAGGUUGUAGCAGAUUUGGUGCAGACUAGCUUUCUUUUUUCGGUUCCCAUGGAUGGUCCAAUGUCCUUCUCCACUCAACAUGUAUCUGUGCAGUGGGUUCUCCGCUUUGAAUUUUUCACAACUCCAAAGCAUGUAGAUUGGAAAAAGUAUGACCAUCCUCUUCUGAUUGAGGGAAGGGAAAAAACGGAAUGGGUUCUUCCAAUUACUGUUCAUGCUCCACCACCAAGAGCUCCUCCUUCAGGCACAAGAAAUGAGAAACUUUUCUCUUUAGAUCCUAUGUGGGUACACAGUUGAAGUUAAAUUAUGCUGAAGCUGAAAUGUGUACAACUUAUUGUAGCCUUUUCAAUAUGCUGUACAAAAUAUUCAUAAAACAGCAGCCAGCGAAAUGUGAGGAUGAUCAUUUGUAGCAUACCAGAAUUCGGCCAAUUUGUCGUGAUCGGUUAACUAAAAUUUGGCAGAGGUCUUUGAGUACAGUAUUUCUUCUCAUUAAAUGUUUUCUUAUUUGCUGGGUGAUUUAUGUCCCACAGUUUGUCCAGUUAAUUGAUUUUGUUUUUAUUUUUUAUAAGGGUUUUUUAGUAGAUUAUAUGGAUCUUUGUUUCGGUCACUAAAUCAUUAAUUAGAGAUAAGAGGUGUAUAAGUUGGUGCCUUAGAUUUGAUGGUUUCAAUCUCUUGGACAUCUUGGAUCAACUAUGUUAACUUUGCUUUGUAUACUUAUUUCAUUUCUUUUACAUCUUUUGCCUUUUGUUAUGUUAAUGUAAUCAAUACUACCCAAAUGUGGAUUAUGUGUAGAUGUUAUUGUAAUCAAUACUACUCAGUAAUCCUUCUUUACA